AUGCCGCCGAAGAAGGACAAGGCGAAGCUGAAGAAGGGCUCGAGCUCCAGCGGCAGCGCGGAGGGCCCGCUCGUGCAACUGAGACCGUCGGAGAUCCUGUACACGUACAGCAAGGUCCUCCCCUACUUCAGCGGAUGCGGGCGAACGCUGCGGCACACGCUCGAAGAGAUCGCGCGCGGCGCGAUGCGUCCGAGCGACCUCCCCGCCAUCGCGGUGAUAUCCGCGGAGGUGCCGAGCGCGACCGGGACGUCGGACGCGCGCGAUACUCGCGCGUGUGGCGAUAAGGGGCCCUCCCACGACGGGUGGUCCAGCGACGAGGACGGCGGGAAGCGCGGCGGAGGCAAGCGCGGAGGUGGGAAGCGACGCGGCGGCGGCGACAGGCGCGACGAGCGGAAGCCGAGCGACGAGAAGGUGGUCAAGUACUUCAGCACGAAUAACCGACGGCUGUGGGUGCUUCGCGAGUGCGAGGCGAGGGGGCUGCUCGGGCCGGAGGGGACGAUCGGCGUCAGGCUGCAGCGCCCGGACGUGAGCAAGAGGAUGGUGGAGAAGGGCACGCGGAGCUUCCGUCUGGAGCGGUGCACGGACAAGGUGACGCUGGUGAAGGCGAGCGAGCCGAAUAAAACCGAAGACGGCGACGACGGCGACGGUGGCGACGACGACGACGACGCGCCGACGGACGACGCGAAGGACGACGACAACGGCGGAGGCGACGGCGCCGCGGUGGACGACGUGAACGAAGGCGUCGCGGCGAUGCGGGUGUGA